AUGGACUCAUUAUCGAAGAAGAUUCAAAACUUAGGUAUCCAUGACAUUAGAAAUGCCGCAAGGUUUGCCCAAAACGUGAUAGUUCAAUAUGAACCUUAUCAGAUAGAUAUCCGUCGUGCUACAAAUACCGAUGCUUGGGGCCCCACACCGAAGCACCUGGCCAAAGUUUUAAGAAACAGAUACCAAGUACCGCUAUACUUGAUGACAGAAUAUACGUUGAAAAGAUUGGUCGACCAUAUCGCUACUAGGCCCAAGAACCUGUACGAAAAAGCAAGAAAGGACUACGUUAACUACGGGUCCGAAUGGAGAGUAGUCUUAAAAUGUCUAGUAGUCAUUGAAUUCUUGUUAUUGAAUGUCGAUACAGGCGACGAAUUAAAUCAGAUCAGGUCAUGUUUGCUCACCCAUAAACAUAUCUUAACCAGGGAGAUUGCCCAAUUCAAGGUAAAGUUCUCAAAUGAUGGCAAAAUGGAGGUUCAUGAGAGAGGUAUUAGGAAAAAGGGCGAACUGAUCUUGCAAUACUUGGAAGACCCCCAAUUUCUGAAAAAGGAAAGAGCCAAGAAUAAGAAGAACGCCUUGAAGAUUCGACAGCAAGGGGAGUCCUCCAUUUAUAAUGCCAACCAGAUUUCAUCGUCUGCCAGUUACGACAACGUGGACGACGAUGAAUUUGACACAGAUGCAGAUGGGUUUGAUAGUGAAAUGGACGCAAAUAAUGUGACCAACUUCAAUGUCCCUGUAGAAACGGAAGCAAAUUCGAAUCCUCGCAGGCGUUCUCAUAUGGAAGAACAAAGGAGACAAAGGAGAGAGAUAUUAAGGGAGCAGAUCAAGAAUAAAGAACAACAGAGGAAAAGAAAGCAGGAACAAGAUAACAUCCCUGAUUUAAUCGAUUUUGACGAUAGUACUAGCACUACGAACAACAUAACAAUAGACAAUGGUAAUAAUGUGAACAGCAACAAUGAUGAUGAUGAUGAUGAUGAUGAUGAGUUUGGUGAUUUCCAAAGCGAAACAAGUCCUGACACCACAGCACCCAAAACUUCUUCCAACAGUCAAAUAGAUGAUUUGCUUGACUGGGACGCCCCAAAAUCAAGCGCAGGUACCACUACUGCCGCAGAAGCACCAUUACCCUUUGCGGAGAAAAACCAACAAAAAGCCCGUCCCCAAGCUACAAAGGACAAGUCAAAGGGGAAUGACGCAUUUUCGGACCUAUUUUCUUAUUCAAAGUCGUUGGUCUAG